UAGGAAAUUUAGGAAAUUGAUUAGGGGAUGGUGCAGCUUAAAAGAAGGUGAAUCUAAAGAUUAUGGUUUGUUUUUGGGUGGAGAAUGGCGAGGGAGAAGAACACGAAGGCGUAUUUUAUGGUGAAAAUGGCGACAUGAUUCCCUUCCCUCCAACGAGGAGCAGAAUUUGAAAGGCAAACAACCUAUAAAAGUGGCAUAUCGCAACGAUGUUGUCAUAUAGUCGCCACAUUCUAAAUCCUCGUCUCUUAAAUGUCACUCGCUUCCAUCCUUUGACUCUCACAACGUUAUUCAAAUCUCAUUCUUCAUUCGCCAACACAAUGCCUUCUCUCUCCGCUCUCCACCAACCUCUCCAAUAUCCCACCGCUCGCAGAGACCACUCCGUCGUCGACAACUACCACGGCGUCACCGUCCCCGACCCCUACCGCUGGCUCGAGGAUCCCGAGGCGGAGGAAGUGAAGGAGUUCGUGCAGAAGCAGGUGGCGUUGACGGAGUCGGUGCUGCGGAAGUGCGAGUGCAGGGGGAAGCUCGCGGAGAAGAUGACGGAGCUCUUUGAUAAUCCGCGUUACAACGCUCCUUUCCGACGCGGCGAUAAGUACUUUUACUUCCACAACACGGGGCUUCAGGCGCAGAGCGUGCUCUACGUGCAGGACGCUUUGGAGGCUCAGCCUCGGGUUUUGCUCGAUCCCAAUGCGCUCAGCGAAGACGGCACCGUUUCGCUCAACACCUUCUCUGUGAGCAAAGAUGCUAAGUUCUUGGCUUAUGGUCUUAGCUCCAGCGGCAGCGACUGGGUCACUAUAAACUUGAUGCGUGUUCACGACAACGCUGUUGAGACUGAUACUUUAUAUUGGGUCAAGUUUUCCAAUAUUAGUUGGACGCAUGAUAGCAAAGGUUUCUUCUACAGCCGCUAUCCAAUACCUAAGGAUGGGGCAGUAGUAGAUGCCGGCACGGAGACUAAUGCAAACCUUUAUCAUGAGCUCUAUUAUCAUUCUUUGGGUACUUCUCAAUCGGAAGAUAUUAUGUGUUGGAGAGACCUUGAGAAUCCUAAAUAUAUGUUUGAAGCAAGUGUUACUGAGGACGGCAAGUAUGUUCUUCUCUAUAUUGGAGAAGGGUGUGAUCCAGUUAACAAGCUUUACUACUGUGACUUGUCUGAACUACCAAACGGACUGGAAGGUUUUAGGAAUGAAAAUUCCCUCCUCCCAUUUGUCAAGCUUGUUGAUAAAUUUGAAGGACUAUAUGAGGCCAUUGCAAAUGAUGACACCGUGUUUACAUUUUUAACGAAUAAAGAUGCUCCAAAGUAUAAAAUAGCCCGAGUAGAUUUGAAAGAGCCAAAUGUCUGGACUGAUGUUAUCCAAGAGUCUGAAAAGGAUGUACUCCAGUCAGCACGUGCUGUAAAUGGUAACCAGCUCAUUGUGAGCUACUUGAGUGAUGUGAAACAUGUUCUGCAAGUAAGAGACUUGGAGACAGGUUCCUUGCAGCAUCAGUUACCAAUUGACAUUGGCACAGUCAGUGAAAUAUCUGCACGGCGUGAAGAUAACGUGGCCUUCAUUAGUUUUACAAGCUUUUUGACACCUGGAAUCAUAUAUCAGUGCGACCUGGGAACACAAAUACCUGAUUUGAAGAUAUUUCGCGAGAUUGUCAUCUCUGGGUUUGAUCGCUCUGAGUUUCAUGUCAAUCAGGUUUUUGUGCCCGGUAAAGAUGGUACCAAGAUUCCAAUGUUCAUUGUUGCCAAAAAGGAUAUUGCUUUGGAUGGUUCACACCCGUGUCUGUUAUAUGGAUAUGGUGGUUUUAACGUCAGUAUCACACCAAAUUUCAGCAUCAGUCGUAACAUACUCGCAAGACAUUUAGGUGCUGUUUACUGCAUAGCAAAUAUUCGUGGUGGUGGAGAAUAUGGGGAGGAAUGGCAUAAAGCUGGCUCCCUUGCAAAUAAGCAAAAUUGCUUUGAUGACUUCAUUUCAGCAGCUGAAUACCUUGUAUCUGCUGGCUAUACGCAACCCAGAAAGUUAUGUAUCGAGGGUGGAAGCAACGGUGGACUUCUUAUUGGUGCUUGCAUAAAUCAGAGACCUGAUCUUUUUGGUUGUGCACUGGCUCAUGUUGGUGUUAUGGACAUGCUACAGUUCCACAAAUUUACCAUAGGUCAUGCUUGGACAUCAGAAUUUGGUUGUUCAGACAAGGAGGAAGAAUUUCAUUGGCUAAUCAAGUACUCACCGUUGCAUAACGUCCGAAGACCUUGGGAACAGCAUCCUAAUCAGUCAAUCCAGUACCCAUCAACGAUGCUGUUGACAGCUGAUCAUGACGAUCGUGUUGUGCCAUUGCAUUCAUUAAAGCUAUUGGCGACGAUGCAGUAUGUCCUCGUUACUAGCCUUGAUAAAAGUCCCCAGACGAAGCCUAUAAUUGGUCGCAUUGAAUGCAAGGCUGGGCAUGGAGCUGGGCGUCCAACAAAGAAAUUGAUAGAUGAGGCUGCUGACCGGUACAGUUUCAUGGCCGAAAUGUUGGAAGCCCAUUGGAUUGAAUAGAGCCUACUCAACAGAAUGCUUUUUCUGACAGUUUCUCCUUUUUUACCCAUGAAAAGAAAGGGUUCGUAGUGCCAUAGAAAGCUUGCACACCAUUCACUUGAUGUUAAAUCGUGUUUAUUUGGUUGCCACUCUUACUGUGUUGCGAAAUGGAAUUGUAUAUGCUCGUCCUUAGUUUUAUUCGAAUUGAGCUAGCUUCCCUUGAACAUUCAAGAACGGCAUAAAAGGAUGCCUUAUGCCUUUUCCCAAUUGAACAUGGUCACUAUUCAUUUGAAACCUUUGCUUGUGGUGUUAUAGUAUUGAUCUUGUAUUUGCUAUUGGGCUAUAUCCUUUCAAGCCUUUAAAUAUGCUGUCAGCUAAGUCCAUGUGUCUAAUAGUUGCAGUCGCGACUCGACUCGUCGAGUGAGUAGUUUAUCGACCAAUUCAAGAGGUUAACUUUGUAUAUAAAAUGACAUUUUACUAUUU